AAAUGCUACCGCCGGCGCGUGUAAGUGACGACACCCAAGGUUCCAGGGACUGAGCGGUUUUCACCCUUUCACGCAGGGCUUCCACGGCCUCAGGUCCCAAGAAGGCCUCGGAACAAAUCCUAAUCUAGGCUUUGGCCGCUGGAAGCGGCUCCUGACCAGCUUACGCUGUCCGAGAGGCGGCUAAGGAAAGGUGUCGCACCUGGGACGUGCGGGAGAGGCCCUAGGACCUUUUCAAAAAAGAAUGGACAAAACUAUGAAGCUUGCUACAAUGGAAGACACUGUGGAGUACCACCUGUUCCUGAUACCAGAUGAAUCUAGGGACCCCGAAAAACACAAAGAGAUUCUUCAGAAGUAUAUUGAGAGAAUAAUGACCCAGUUUGCACCUAUACUGGCCCCCUAUAUCUGGCAGAAUCAACCUUUUAAUCUUAAAUAUAAACCUGGAAAAGGAGGUGUUCCUGCUCAUAUAUUUGGCAUGACAAAGUUUGGGGAUAAUAUUGAGGAUGAGUGGUUUAUUGUUUAUGUAAUAAAGCAGAUUACGAAGGAAUUUCCAGAGUUAGUGGCAAGGAUUGAAGAUAAUGAUGGUGAAUUCUUGUUAAUAGAAGCUGCCAACUUUCUGCCUAAAUGGUUGGAUCCUGAUAAUAGCACCAAUAGGGUUUUUUUCCACCAUGGGGAGUUGUGUAUUAUUCCUGCACCAAGGAAAUCUGGAGCAGUAUCUUGGCUACCCACCACACCUCCAACAAUUCCACAAGCACUAAAUAUAAUCUCAACACAUCCAGAAAAAAUUUCGGCCUCAGAAUCUGUACAAGGUGCUGUGAAUAGGCGCAUCAGAGGGUACCCAGAAAAGAUUCAGGCCUCCUUUCACCGAGCACACUGCUUCCUUCCAGCUGGCAUCGUAGCAGUGCUAAAGCAGCGGCCCAGAUUGGUGGCUGCAGCAGUCCAGGCAUUUUACCUGCGAGACCCCAUUGACCUGCGAGCCUGUCACAUUUUCAAGACAUUCUUGCCAGAAACACGAGUGAUGACAUUGGUCACAUUCACUAAAUGUUUGUAUGCACAGUUGGUGCAACAAAGGUUUUUGCCAGACCGGCGGAGUGGAUACAGGCUGCCUCCUCCAUCUCAUUCCCAGUACCGAGCCCAUGAACUGGGCAUGAAGUUGGCUCAUGGAUUUGAGAUCUUAUGCUCCAAAUGUAGCCCAUAUUUUUCUGACUGCAAGAAGUCCCCCGUGACUGCCUCACCACUAUGGGCCAGCUUCCUUGAAAGUCUGAAAAAGAAUGAUUACUUUAAGGGACUGAUGGAGGGUUCUGCUCAGUACCAGGAAAGGCUAGAAAUGGCAAAGAACUACUUCGAACUCUCAGUAAACCGGCCUGAAAGUUCUCUUGCUCUGAUCCCCGGUGAAGAAAUCUUAACCUUACUACAGACAAUACCAUUUGAUAUAGAAGAGCUUAAGAAAGAAGAGGCUAAUCUUCCCCCAGAGGAUGAUGACCAGUGGUUAGAUCUCUCACCAGAUCAGCUGGACCAGCUACUGCAGGAAGCUUCUGGCAAAAAAGAAUCAGAGCCCAUUUCCAAGGAGGAGAAGGAACAGAACUAUGACUUAACUCAAGUCUCAGAGAGCAUGAAAGCUUUCAUAUCCAAAGUCUCAACCCACAAGGGAGCAGAGCUGCCUCGAGAACCUUCUGAGGCUCCAAUCACUUUUGAUGCAGAUUCUUUCCUUAAUUAUUUUGAUAAGAUUUUAGGGCCAGGGCCUCAGGAGUCAGACUCUGAUGACCUGGAUGAGGAAGACUUUGAAUGUUUAGACAGUGAUGAUGACUUGGACCUCGAAACUCAAAAGCCUGGUGAAGAGGCUUCUCUGAAAGGAACUCUUGAUAAUCUCAAGUCAUAUAUGGCCCAGAUGGACCAGGAACUGGCACACACCUGCAUUGGCAAAAGUUUCACCACCCGGAAGCAAGUGGAAACUGUAUCCCAGACUACCAAUUCCAAUGAGGAAGAUUCUGAUGCAGAAGAAUCUGUUAUGACACCAGUGGAUGUAGACCUGAACCUCGUUUCCAAUAUAUUGGAAUCCUAUAGCUCCCAAGCUGGGCUGGCAGGACCUGCUUCUAAUCUUCUACAAAGUAUGGGAGUGCAGCUGCCUGACAACACUGAUCGCAGACACACAAGCCAGCCGGCAAAAGAUUAACCAGCACAUCCGCCUUCUCUUUUUUCUUUUUAAAUAAAUAUUGAGUCUGAUUAUGUUCA